AUGAAGCGCCAAAUGCGGCUUCAAUUUACAAUUGUGUCAUGCUUGACUGUGUUAACAACAGCUCACCAAGAUUACGAAGAUAAUUUAACGAAACUUUGGUCUUUAUCAAGCACAUCAAAUAGUGAUGGAUCUGCUGUAGUUAAUGUGACUAGUGCCUCCAUUGUGAUACAGCCAACUAAUUAUGGUCGCGCUCAAAUAGUUUCUUCGCGACAAACGAAAGAUUUGAAAGGAACUCCCCCUGAUUACAAGUAUGCGUUUAGGUCCCGUGCGAUACCACUACAGGAGGAGCAACUCCAACUUGAAAACAAUGUGUACUAUUCACGGAACAAUGUGAAUAUACACAAUAACAAGUACAAACCUGAAGUUUACCCUGGUAAUUAUUUUCAAAUUGCCAAAGACAAAAGAAGUAAUGAUAACAUGGUAAAAGAUUCCCCUCCAAAUGAAGUCACAUUUCAUCCAAGAGCGAUACCAAUUAUAAGAGAUCCAGAACUUCAGGGAAGAUCACUAUAUUUUGAUGAGGAACCUAUAAUAGAAAAACCUGAAGGAUUUUCGGAAACUGCUACGUCGAGGAGAUCGCUGUCAUACGUCUUAGGCGCCGAGGAUGACGACGAAGAGCCUGAAGAGGAAGAUGAACUAGCAGAUGAGUUAGGUGAAGAAGAAGAUGAAAAUAAGAACACUUACUCCUUUUCUGGUAAAUACAAGAAGAAGUUGGGAAAAAAAGCAAAAAAGAUAACCAAGUACAUGAUGCCAUUGCUCUUAGCAUACAAACUGAAAUAUCUGGCACUGGUUCCGGUGAUGAUUGCAGGACUUGUGUUGUUAGUGGGAGCGACAGGACUUGCCGGAUUCUUCUUCGCACUGUUCGCUGCAGUAAUGGGUCUACAGAAAGGAGGAUAUUAA